UGAGGCGCUCACCCGCGCAGUCCCCAGCGCGAACCGAGGCGCUGGGGGGCCGAGCUGAAGGGAGGCGAGGGGCCGCCGCCGCUGCCGUCCCCGCCCCGCGCGCCCCGCGCCCCACUUCCCGGGCGGCCGCUCGGCAGCUCAGCCCUCCUGCUUCCUCCGGCGGUGUCCGGGACUCGCCGCCGAGCGAGUGACGGGCAAGUUUCGGCGUGCGAAGGCGGCGGCGGGCCGCGGUCACCGUGCGCUCCGGGAGGGGUGGCCGCGGCUCCGGCCUCGGCGCCCCGCGCGCACUUCGGCGAUGCCUUCUCCGCCGCGGCAGCGACUGCGCCUUCGCCCUCGCCGCCUCCUGUUCCUUCUUCCCGGAUUCCUGCUGCCUCUUUGCGGCGCCUUCAACCUCGACGUGGACAGUCCUGCCGAAUACUCCGGCCCCGAGGGAAGUUACUUCGGCUUCGCGGUGGAUUUCUUCGUGCCCAGCGCGUCUUCGAUAUUUCUUCUGGUGGGAGCACCCAAAGCAAACACUACCCAGCCUGGGAUUGUGGAAGGAGGACAAGUCCUAAAGUGUGACUGGUCUUCUCACCGGGGGUGCCAACCAAUUGAAUUUGAUGCAACAGGUAAUAGAGAUUUUGCUAAGGAUGAUCCUUUGGAGUUUAAGUCUCACCAGUGGUUUGGAGCAUCUGUGAGAUCAAAACAGGACAAAAUUUUGGCCUGUGCCCCGCUCUACCACUGGAGGACUGAAAUGAAACAGGAGAGAGAGCCUGUUGGAACAUGUUUUCUUCAGUAUGGAACCAAGACUGUGGAGUAUGCCCCAUGUAGAUCAAAAAAUAUUGAUGCUGAUGGACAGGGAUUUUGUCAAGGAGGAUUCAGCAUUGAUUUUACCAAAGCUGAUAGAGUACUUCUUGGUGGUCCUGGUAGCUUUUAUUGGCAAGGUCAGCUCAUUUCAGAUCAGGUGGCAGAAAUCGUAUCUAAAUAUGAUCCCAAAGUUUACAGCAUCAAAUAUAAUAACCAGUUAGCAACUCGGACUGCUCAAGCUAUUUUUGAUGACAGUUAUUUGGGUUAUUCUGUGGCUGUCGGAGAUUUUAAUGGCGAUGGCAUAGAUGACUUUGUUUCAGGUGUUCCAAGAGCAGCGAGGACUUUGGGAAUGGUUUAUAUUUAUGAUGGGAAAAACAUGUCCUCCUUAUACAAUUUUACUGGUGAGCAGAUGGCUGCAUAUUUUGGAUUUUCUGUUGCUGCCACUGACAUUAAUGGUGAUGAUUAUGCAGAUGUGUUUAUUGGAGCACCUCUGUUCAUGGAUCGUGGUUCUGAUGGCAAACUCCAAGAGGUGGGACAGGUGUCCGUGUCUCUGCAAAGAGCCUCCGGAGACUUCCAAACAACCAAGCUGAAUGGGUUUGAGGUCUUUGCAAGGUUCGGCAGUGCCAUAGCACCUUUGGGAGAUCUGGACCAGGAUGGCUUCAAUGAUAUUGCAAUUGCUGCACCAUAUGGGGGUGAAGACAAAAAAGGAAUCGUUUAUAUUUUCAAUGGAAGAUUAACAGGCUUGAAUGUGGCACCGUCUCAAAUCCUUGAAGGGAAGUGGGCUGCCCGGAGCAUGCCACCAAGCUUUGGCUAUUCCAUGAAAGGAGCCACGGAUAUAGACAGAAAUGGAUACCCAGACUUAAUUGUAGGAGCUUUUGGUGUAGAUAGAGCUGUAUUAUACAGGGCCAGACCAGUUAUAACUGUAAAUGCUGGCCUUGAAGUAUACCCUAGCAUUUUAAAUCAAGAUAAUAAAACCUGCCCACUGCCUGGGACAGAUCUCAAAGUUUCAUGUUUUAAUGUCAAGUUCUGCUUAAAGGCAGAUGGCAAAGGAGCACUUCCCACGAAACUUAACUUCCAGGUGGAGCUUCUUUUGGAUAAGCUUAAGCAAAAAGGAGCAAUUCGACGAGCUCUAUUUCUCCAUAACCGGUCGCCAGGUCACUCUAAGAACAUGACCAUUUCAAGGGGGGGACAGAUGCAGUGUGAGGAACUAAUAGCAUAUCUGCGGGAUGAAUCCGAAUUUAGAGACAAACUCACCCCAAUUACCAUUUUUAUGGAGUACCGGUUGGAUUACAGAACAGCUGCUGAUGCGACAGGCUUGCAACCCAUUCUUAACCAGUUCACUCCCGCCAACGUUAGUCGACAGGCCCAUAUUCUGCUUGACUGUGGUGAAGACAAUGUCUGCAAACCCAAAUUGGAAGUUUCUGUAGAUAGUGAUCAAAAGAAGAUUUAUAUUGGGGACGACAAUCCUCUGACAUUGAUUGUUAAGGCUCAGAAUCAAGGAGAAGGUGCCUAUGAAGCUGAGCUCAUCGUUAACAUCCCCCCGCAGGCUGAUUUCAUCGGGGUUGUCCGCAAUAGUGAAGCCUUAGCAAGACUUUCCUGUGCAUUUAAGACAGAAAACCAAACCCGCCAGGUGGUAUGUGAUCUUGGAAACCCAAUGAAGGCUGGAACUCAACUCCUGGCUGGUCUUCGUUUCAGUGUGCACCAGCAAUCAGAGAUGGAUACUUCUGUGAAAUUCGAUUUACAGAUCCAAAGCUCCAAUCUCUUUGACAAAGUAAGCCCAGUUGUUUCUUACAGAGUUGACCUCGCUGUCUUAGCUGCUGUUGAGAUAAGAGGAGUUUCAAGUCCUGAUCAUAUCUUUCUUCCAAUUCCAAACUGGGAGCAUAAGGAGAACCCUGAGAAUGAAGAAGAUGUUGGGCCAGUUGUUCAGCACAUCUAUGAGUUGAGAAACAACGGUCCAAGUUCAUUCAGCAAGGCAAUGCUGAAUCUUCAGUGGCCUUACAAGUAUAACAAUAACACUUUGUUAUACAUCCUUCAAUAUGAAAUUGAUGGGCCAAUGAACUGCACUUCAGAUAUGGAGAUCAACCCUUUGAGAAUUAAGAUCUCAAAUUCACAAACCGAAAAGAAUGACACAGUUCCUGGGCAAGGGGACCGGAACCAUCUCAUCACCAAGCGGGAUCUCACCCUCAGUGAAGGAGAUGUUCACACUUUGGGUUGUGGAGUUGCUGAGUGCCUGAAGAUUGUCUGCCAGGUUGGACGACUAGACAGAGGAAAGAGUGCCAUCCUGUAUGUAAAGUCCCUGCUCUGGACUGAGACCUUUAUGAAUAAAGAAAACCAGAAUCAUUCAUACUCUCUGAAGUCAUCUGCUUCUUUUAACGUCAUUGAAUUCCCUUAUAAGAACCUUCCAAUUGAGGAUAUCUUCAACUCCACAUUAGUUACCACUAAUGUCACCUGGGGCGUUCAGCCCGCACCCAUGCCUGUGCCUGUGUGGGUGAUCAUUUUAGCAGUGCUCGCAGGAUUGCUGUUACUGGCUGUUUUGGUAUUUGUAAUGUACAGGAUGGGCUUUUUUAAACGUGUUCGGCCACCUCAAGAAGAACAAGAAAGGGAACAGCUUCAACCUCAUGAAAAUGGUGAAGGAAACUCAGAAACUUAACUGUGAUUUUUAAGUUAUGCUACAUCCUGACCCAUUAGAAUCACUGACUUCCUUACAGGUUUCAGUUUCUUUUGCAAAGAUUAAAAUCCCAAGACUGUACUGCUGAUGGUGCCCAUGGGUGUUAACCACAAAACAAGAGCAAUAUUUGUCAACCUUUUUGUAAUAAUUAAGUUCAGAUGUACGUGUAAUACACACCCACUGACUUGUGUUUUUAGGUAUUUAAAUAAUAAAAUUUCAAGUGAUAGUUCUUCAAUGUACAUAAGACAGGUAGUGCCUGAGUUACCACUUUAUAUAAAAUAGUACCUCCUACAAUUAUUGUUUCUGAUUUUGUAUGUUGAUUUUGUUGUUUGUUAUUGCUUUUGUUGUUUUAAAGCAAUCCAUAUUUGGACCUUAGGAUCCACAUCUUUUGUACAGGAAUUUAUUGUUAAUAUACAUUACACUACAGUUGAGUUUUUAAGCUACUAACUUUAUAACUGCAUGAACUUGGAUUUUAACAUUACCUAUGUAGUAGAACUUAAAAAAAAAAAAAAAGAAAAAAAGCAUGGUCCAUCCAAAUUCUUUGCUGUAAUAGUAAAGAUACAGUAUUUUUAAUAUAAAAAUUGGGUACAUGCUAUUACAUUUUAAUUUUUGUUUAAUCCACAGUCCAUUUCCUUACAUUUUAAUUUGUAUGUUUAGGUUCUCUUUCAAAUCCUUUAAGCUAACCUGUACUAAAAAUUCUAUGAUCAGAAAUGCCUCUUUUGUGUAAUAGUUUAAUUUCCUCUCAUCAUCUUCAUGCUUAAAGCCAUAUGCAGUUGGGAAUCGUUUCCAAAGUACAUGUAUUCCAUUGUAUUAGUCCAGCUAUUUACAAUACAAAGAAAAGCAUUUAAAUUAAAAGACUGUAGUUCUUUGGUAAAGUUGCUUAUUUGUAGUAUGCUCUUAGAGCAAGGCUUUUUAGUUGACAUUAAUUUAUUUUCUUCCUAUAUAUGUAUUCUUCCUUAUAUUUCCAAAACUUUACUGAGAAUGGGCUAAGAUCAGUGAGGAAUCUUUACAAAUUACAGGAACCUGCAUCCAACCUCCCAACCCCACAAGAAAUGCUUGGAAUUGAAAUUCCUAACGUAGCUUGCUGGUGUGCUUUAGAAAUAGCAUGAUGCUACUUAUAUGGGUAUUACCUUAGUUUCGACAAAGUAUCAUGUGGAAAACCAGUCUCAGCUAUCAAAAUAACUAUAAAAGUUACUUUUAUAAGCAAUUCAGGUUACUGGGAGCCUUUUAAAACUUUUGUAGUUUUAUUAACAUAAAUUACUUUUUUAGGAUUUUUUAUAUAAAAAUUGCACAGGUGGCACGUUGUCGUUUUAUAUGCCUGUAAGAUGAUGAUUCUUCUGGAGGAAUAUGUGAUUUAUUCACAGUUCCUCAAGGUCUGGGAAUGACUCCUAAUUUUACCUAUUUUUGUGCAAUUACAUCAUGUUAUUCUUUAGAAAUUGAGAGUUUAAUAGGUUUUUAACUGCUGUCCUCAUUAGGCAAUGAUAAAUAUUUCCCUCAAAUAAUUGAAUAUUUUUCUGUUUUAAAAAUAAUUGAAAUUUAUCUUGCCAUAUCUUGUGUUCUAAUUCCUUACACAAGUGGCUAAGCUAGAAUGUAUUCAUAAAACAGAGGAACACGUGUUAUAUAUGUUAGAACAUGCUAAGACCCUGUAUUUCGCUUUAAUGAAUCUCAAAAUUAAUAGGUUUGUAGUAUAGAUUUUAUUAGUAGCUUAAAAGAUCUUAGUCAUAUGCAAUAAGUAUUUUUACUACCAAUGAGUCUAAAGUUUUUUAAGAAGAAAACCUUUUAUUCCAGGGUCUGCCACCGAACAGUCACUAAGUUAACAACUUUCACUACCUGUUUUCCCACCUAAUAGUAGUCAUCCUUGAAAGUAUAUGUUGAAUAAAAUUCACUCUUUUAAAAAAACUUAACUGUUCACUUUUGCAUGUUCUGUUCCUUUUAUGACCUCUAUCUCCAGGUAUAAUCUUGUAUGGGAGACUGAAGGAUGUUAUUAUUGGAAGCAUGAUGUUUUAAGUUCCCUUUUAUGAAAUGUAGUUUUAAGCAGUAGUAUUUUCUUUUAAAAAAUGAAAAUGCAUAUCUCUACAAAAAUGUGGUAGAAGAAUGAUUUGGAAGCUUACUCUUUGAGAAAAUAUUUGGGAAAUUGUUGGGAUUCUUUUUACCCUGAAGCAGCAUGUGAAUGUAUUUGGUUAAAAUGUCGGACAAUAGUUCUAUGAAAACUUUUAAUUUUCAAACAUUUUAAAUGCUACUAUUUAUGAUUUAUUGAGAAUUAAAAUCCAUUUUGAGUGUAAAAUUUUAAUGAUCUGAUCUGUUUUAAAAAACAUAAGUGAGAUAGGGAGUAUUUAUAGCAUUUAAUAUUGGUAAGAACUUGAUUCUGUUGUCAAUUUCUUAUGUAAGCAUUUAUUUCAGAAUUGAUAUUUUGAGAAACAUUUGUGUGAGGGAUAUUCUUUCUUUUUUUCCCCUUUGCCUUUCUCUUAUGAUGAAUUAUUAUUUUAUUAUGAUGAUGACUGUUAUUAUGAUAUAGGUCUUCAUAAUUCUGAAGGAUAAAACAAUUAAAACUUUAGUGCCACAAUUUUACCUAUGUUUUGAAACUACUACUUCAUAGUAAAUUCUCAUCAAUACUUCAUAUAACAAGAAAAUUGAAGUAUUAGUAAAAGAGACUGUACUUAUACUGACUUCCUUAAGAGGGCUGUGAAAGACUUGUGAUAGUUAAUGAUGACCCCAAGAGAGAUUUCAGUGGCAAAAGUACAGUAUAUACUAGAUCAGCUGCUUUAUAUAAGGCAAACAGACUGUAAGUUGAUAGACACUUUUUUGUUGCAAAACACAGUGCCAAGCUUGGAGAAGAAGAAUAAUUGGAAUUUUUGAAAUACAUGUGUAUAACCAUUGCCAAUCUUAAUGUUACUUUGUAUGUUCUCUUGGAUAGUUUGUAUAUGUGGUAGUUUGGCAAAUAAAAAAAUGUGGAAUUCAGAAAUUGAAUAUAGGAUUAAAAAUGGCAAAUAAAAUAACUUAAUACUCAGUGUUUUGGAGGCAAGCCCUUUUAAUUUGUUGAUAUGCUAGUUUGGACAAUGAACCCCAGGCAUAUAUGCUUGUAUUUCUUUGUAAUUUCUUGAUAUGUAAUGAGCUUCUUGGGAGAGGUACCAAAUCCUUGAUAUUCGUUGUCAUUGUUCUCAAGUGCAAUAUAACAAUGUAACCAAACUUAGAUAAUUUUCAGAGUCAUUGUUAAUUUAGUAAACCUAAUCUAAACAGACUUAAAUUUAUUAGAAUUUUGGUUAGUAGGAAGGAGGGAUUCUGCUAUGGAUAUACAAAUAAAGUUAUUUACCCCUAAAAGAUACCUUCUACAUUUUAUUUCAGGUUGGACAUGACCUAUUCCCUACUAGUUUUGAAACACUUUGAAAUAUCUUAAACUAACUUAGAACUGUAUAUCAAAUUAAUUUGCUACCUAAUAACAUAGUAAUUUUCUUUUUUUAGCUUCUCUUAUGAUCACCCACAUUGGGUGAGACAUAAAACGCGUGUCUUCUAAAACUUGUCAUUGCUGACUUGAUUUAGUUAAAACCGGUACAGUGUUUUACUUAGUUUCCAAUUUGUAACAUGUGUCUGUUCAAUAAACUUGAGCAUAUGGUGCCA